GAGCCCGCUGCUGUUUUACAGGAGCCGGACGUAGGUUCUGUGUCUUUAACCAGAGAAAUGAAGAAAAAUCUUCUUAUCGCACUCUCUAAGGUUUACGGAGAUAUUCAGGUCUGGAUUCCUGAAACGGAGGUUGAUUCUGAUGAAAAGACCAUGGUUUCUGAAUGUUUAUCGGAGGAUGUACAUGAGCAGCAUAACUGUUUGAUGAAAGUCCUAGCUGACUUGAUUCUUUUACUUACAGUCGACAGUCGGUACAUACAGCAUUCAGUGGGAAAGAUUGGCAAGGCCGUUUCUAAGCUUCAGGCUCCAUCUACUGGCCCGCAGCAGCUCAUAUAAUCCAAAUCUUGCGGAAUAUACUGAAAAGUUUGAAGCAAGAGUCUCAUGAUCAGCACGAACAAGGUUUUGGUCUAGUGGUAAUACCACUAGCCUUGAUGGAGCUCCCAACUUCGAUUCCCUUGGAUUGAGUCUUGUCAAAAUGAUUGCCUAGAAGUCUCCCCGUUUCUCUCAAGCGUCUCUCAGGGAAAAGCACAAGACAGGAGGCACUCCUUCAUUCUAAAAGAAGUGAAGGAUUUAUUGAGCUCUACAAAUGGCUCUAAGCCCAUCUCCAAAACAGCUUCUUAUAGGGAAAGGAAAUGUGUAUGGA